AUGGGCGAGAGGCCAGUGUGGAAACCUGAAGUCAUUGCUCCUGCGAGCCUGGCUGCAGUGGCUUUCCGUUUGUCCCAGUCACUGGAGAUCCCACUCUUCUGCAGAAGGGAUCUGCUGUCUGAGAACAGGGAGGCACUCCUGCGUGUGCUGCAGGAGAGGCAUGGAGUGCAGCUCCAGGAGAAUCUCCGUAGUUUGCAGCAGAGUCUGUGUUGCAGUGCAGGAGUGACAGACAAAGCAUGCACUGCUCACAAGACAAGCGGAGAAAACGUUUCCAUGGCUACAACUAGCUCAGCUGGCUCCCAUCCAGAGUCCAGUGACAGUCACACCAUUUCUCAUGGAUAUAAUGUCCCACAGUCAGAACAGCCUUGGCUAUGCUCAGCCAUACCAGAGAGCCACGUGAGGCAUAGAAGAGAACCUCAGCCACACCUGCUCAUGCCAGAACUCCCAAAGAAGCAGAGAACAGAGUCGCAGCCCCACCUGUCCAUGCAAGAGCUCCAGAAGAUGAGAAGAAAGGAGCCCCAACCCUGCUUGUCCAUUUCAGAGCUCAAGAAAAGGCAGAGAAAGCAAGAAUACUCCGAGAGAGAGAUACCACAUAUCUUUAUGAAGUUACCACAGGCAAAUGUCACAUGUAAUUCAAGCCCCUUUGUAAAGUUCACUGAGUAUGAUCCAGAGAAGCUACUGGGACCUCACUCCCCCGAAUUUGUAAUGGAUUUCCAGCCUACUUUUCCUUCAUCGCCUAAACUUUCUGUCCGUGGAAUGCACACUGGGCUUCAGCUGCCUUUGGAUCGCAUGUCAAAUACAAGAACCGUAAGAGCAAACUCCGGAGAUGAAAGCUUGUGGUAUUGCCCUGAUGAAUGCUUUAGAGGUCAGUCAGAAACCAGACCAUAUGAAACAGUGGACAAAUCACAUAUUACUCAUUGGCCACAGCAGUCGUCCAUCAAUGAGUGGAGUUUUUCUCCUGUGCACAACUUACAUUCUACUCUCAGUUUCUACUCAAGUUCUCUCCCUGAAAUAAGUACUUCAGUCAGAAGAUUCAAUGGGUCUGACAUUGAUUAUUACCCCCCAUCUGAGUGGCUAGUGCGAGGAUGUCAUUCUUCGCAACCCUCCUUUUCCUACUACCCCAGUCCAGAUCAGUGGUCCUUUCCCCGGAUGAGACUCUAUUGA